AGCAUGUGUAUUAUCAGCAAUAGGCUACAUCCUUCUACAUUGAUCCACAAUCAAUCUCAGAAUGUUUUUGUCUUAACUGAUGACACUCGUAAAUAAAACACUAGAAUAAACGUUUAAAUCUUAUAAAUCUACUAAUCCAUAUUAUAUGAUGAACACAAAUGAACAUUCACCCCAGCCCAUUUAUAUAUAAUUAAUAGAGGAAAUCAGGUGGACAGCGUUUUCCACUAUAGACGCAGAUAAAUAUAACAACCAAUAAAAUGAAAUGAAAUGCACCGUGUAAAGUUAAAAAUUAGAUUAUUAUUUCGAAAGAAACAUGACCCGACAAAUUAUAAACAAUGUCCGGGCCAUUAAGCUCCGCCCAUCUCCACAACAUUUAUAUAUAUGUAUUUAUAUCUUAUUGUCCACAUAAUUUCAUUAUUUUAGAAUCGUAUACGAUUCUAUUGCAAGGUUGUAAUAUAUAAAUAUUAAUUUGUUAUGUACGUAGACGUUGCUUGCUGACCUUCCUGGAGCCACAAGAAACGUAACCUAAUUAAUAUUAAUAAGCGAGGCUUUCGCCAUAGUAGGAUUCGAAAGUUUGCCUACCCCCAACAACAACACUGUCCUUUACCGCGAAAAGUGCGGCUCUUUUUCUAUCGAGGAAAGCUUGGGCUGGCUACAGCCAUUAUGGCUGCUGUUUACGCUGCAAACGAUGUUAGUUUGCAAUCCAGUAAUGAAAGCGUGUCCUCUGAAUGUGAAAAAGGUGCAGCCCAAGAGAUACACAUCGAUCCAGUGAGCAACAGCAAACCCAGCAAUGCUAAAAACACGGACGGAGAAAUGGAAUUAAGUCCCAGUGGCCCUUCACUGGAAGCCCAGGACCACGCCGAAGUUGUUGCAGACAGUGCUGCAGUUGCACCCGUGAAGAUUAAAGUAGAACAAGCGGAGGAAGAUGAAUGUGUAGUUGUACAUAUAGACGAGGUCGAGGAGGAAAAUCUGGCUGAUAUGUCCACCAAUAAAGGAGACUCGUCUGAAAGAGAUAGAAGUGCAAAAGAGGAUUGGCCAUUUCGCUGUGAGGAUUCCAGUGAAGUCUUUGGGAACAAGGAGGACUGUCUAGAGCAUCGCAGCGAGCAUAUUCACGAUGGUCCCAUAGUCUGCCUGGACACAGAUUCGCAAUGGGAUGACCUGCUUAUCUCGACCGACGGAGGACGGAGAACGUUGUUCUGUGCUCUUUGCGGUCAAAAGUUUUCAAGCUCAAAAGGCUUUUUCAGCCAUCAACUGAAGCACCGCAAUCAAGUCAUUAAACGUGGGAUAGGUAAUGGUGAAGGUGCGGUAAGGCAGAAGCUUUUCGAAUGUAAGGAUUGCGGUAAAGCCUAUUCCACUGUAGGUCAGUGUCUCAACCAUCAGCGUUCUCAUAAACAGGCCUCAAAAUCUGUUUUUCAUCAGCUCGCUCAUCUAAAGAAAAAGUCAUUCCGGUGCCCCACCUGUGGACGCUGUUACUCUCGAGCUUCAGCUCUUGAUGCGCAUCGCCGUUGUCAUGAGGUGAAGCUAGUGAAAUCCAAAAGCUGUGAAACUGAGAAGCUUCAUGAAGCUCCAGGUCAAACUGAAGACCGUGGCACAAGCCCUGAACAGAACGAGGAGCAUGAGCAAAAGGUUUUUCAGUGCUUGUGUGGCAGAACUUUUCGCACCAUGUGUGGCCUUGGCACGCACCAGAGAUUCUCAACCAGCUGUUCAGAUGGAAAGGUGAAGGAGGAAAUUAAGCAUCCGUUUGUUUGUUCUGAGUGCGAUAAGACCUUUGUUAGCUCUGUGGCUCUGUUGUGCCAUCAGCGUUGGCAUAAAAGACGGGCACAGCUUGGCUGCAAUGGCCAGCCGUAUAAAUGUACAGAAUGUGGCAAGGUCUUCACCUCACUUACGUUCUACAAUAAGCACCAGCGAUUGGUGCACAGUGAAGAGCUGCCAGCAAAAUCAUUCCUUCAUCAAGUUAUCCAACUCAAGAAGAAAGCUUUUGAGUGUGAGGAGUGCGGUCGUCGGUUCUCACGAGCAUCUGCCCUGCAGUCGCAUCAGCUCUGUCAUACCGAUGUCUUCCGGGACGUCAUGGAAAAGAAGUCUGAGAUGAAUACCGCCACUCAGCCAGUGAAAAUAUAUCAGAAUGAUAAUGCCGACAGUGUUGUUUUUCAUCCUCAAGACUUAUCGCAUACUGAAGUUCAAGAGAAAGAUUUUAACUAUAGCGACAACGUAGAAGAGCAUGAGCCCGUAGAUGGUGAUUAUGAAGUUGUCCAUAUCACGGCUUCAGAUGAUUAUGAGAACAACAGCAGUCUGUCUCAGGAUCAAAAUCCUGAUCUCGAGUUAGUGUGUGAAUCAGACCACGAGGAAAAAGAUGUCUUGGGUCAAACUGAAUGUACCUCCUCCUUGCAGUUAAAUCCAGAAAUUGAUGUCAAAAUUGUACAGAUUGAUUAUGAACACUUAAAUGAUGAGCCGUUAAUAAAUGCAGAACUAACAAGCAAAAGAAGUCCUCAAGAGGCAAAGUAUAAUUGUCCACAUUGUGAUCGAAAAUUUGUCAAGGCUUUGUCCUUGCGUUGCCACAUACUUUGGCACAAAGGAUGCAUGGGGAAAAAAACUGAUGGUAGGCAGAAGUUUGACGUAUUGACACCAACUAAGAGGACACUUCUAACAUGUGAGGUUUGUGGUCAUGAAAGUGCCUCCAAGAGUGCUCAUUAUUUUCACAUGGGCAAGCAUGAGGAUAAAGUAGCAUAUAAAUCUAUUUCCUAUCAACUUGCAAAUCUGCAAAAGAACAAUAUUAAAUGCGAAGAGUGUGGCAAGUCUUUUUCCAGACUGUCUGCAUUGCAUUCUCACCAGCAGCAUCACAACAAUAGGAAAAAGACCUUUGCUUGCUUGGAGUGUAACAGGAGCUAUGCGACCGCAGGUGGUCUGUACAACCACCGGAAGGUUUGCACUGGAAGUGCCAAAGACGAAAAUAAAAAGAAUUUUAACCCAACCAAGUCACUUUUGGGCCCAAAGGUACAUCACUGUAAAAAGUGUGGUAAAGGUUUUUGGUCAUUGGGAGCUUUCUGUCAUCACAAGCAAAACCACUUGGAGUGUGCAGAUGUCGAGACGAGGCCCACAGGGACGCAUGAAUCAGAGAGCGUUCACAUUCGUCGCAGGAAAAAGAGUCGUAGGGGUGGUUAUAGAAAAGUGCACCGUAUGAAUUCAAAAGAAGAACAUAAAUGUGAGGUGUGUGGCAAAUCAUACCACAUGCUAGCUUGUUUUCUUAAACACAAGCUUGUCCAUGAUCAAGGUGUCCAACCUGCUGUCAAAUCAUUUGACUAUCAAGUCCAACAGCUGAAAAAGAACUCCUACCAAUGUCCCUACUGCGGAAAAGUUUUCUCCCGUGCCAUGGCCCUCCAGUUUCACAUGAAAAGUCAUGGCUUUGAAACGGGCCUUCCUGUGAUUGACUCUGACACAUCUGAGCAACUUCAGUGUAUGACAUGUUGUGUUUUUUUUGCAUCUGAGUCAAUACUACAAAAUCAUCAGAAGCACUGUUCAAAAUCAGAGGACAAAGUGAAAUCUCCAGAAGAAUCCGCAAAAGUAGAGAUAGAGGAGCAAAAAUCUGAAGAUGUUUGUGACUCUUCUCAUGUGGCUGAUUCUAGAAAAGAACAGAAGACUUCUUCGACUCCAGAUUUGAAAUAUAAGUGUCAGGACUGUAGCCGAAGCUUUUCGGUAAUUGGUGCGCUUAAUUUUCACAAGCGCAUUCAUCGCAGAGGUCACCAAUCUAAAAAGCUGAAAUCCCGUUCAGCAAAACAGUUAAAGCUUGGCAAAGUAAAGUCAGAUAAUUUUCCAGGAAAAUCGCCUUUUGCUUGUGGUGAAUGCGGAAGAUAUUUUCGCUCCAAUUCGGCUCUUGGCACACACAGGCGGUGGCACAAAGACAAAAAAUUUGCCCGAUUUCUUUCAAAGACCAAUAAGAUACGCUCAAGGAAAAGUGUGGACGGUGGACCAUAUUUAUGCAAUGUAUGUGGAAAAGGCUUUUUUUACCUUUGUGUACUUCGACGGCAUCAGCUACAUCACCCUCCCAUGGAGACUCUACCCCAAAAAGAGCACGAAGUUGCAGAAUCAACUGGUGGUUUCACCUGUCCAGAUUGUCAGAUGUCUUUCCCAAGUGGGUCUCUUCUAACAACUCACUUUGCAGAACAUCACAGCAAGCCUAACGAGAAUGAGAAAUUGCAAGCUGAAAUCAUCCCUACAGAUGAGUUGGGGCCACCCAUCAAACAAUUGUACACAUCCAAAACAAAAGAGAAGACCAAGGUGCAACACCAUCAGUGCCCCUACUGCACCAAGAGCUUCUUGAACAUACGUGGCCUUCGUGCACACAAAUGGCAGAAACACAACAAGGUUAGCAAACAAACCACUGCAUCUCUAGAAGAGCGCUUGGCAUAUGAGAAACCCUUUGCUUCUCAAGGGGUUGUUCCGAAAAUGUUGACUAAGAAAGAGCUGAAAAUGUCUAUGGAGGAAGAACCCAUACAGCGUAGUCGAAAUGCAGAACUCACAAAAUGUUUUUUCAAAUGUGAUAAAUGUGCUAAAGCGUUUCCCAGUGAGGAGCAGUUAAACACUCACAAAGAGGUCGCGAAGACUCGUCCGCAUUGCUGCGCUCUUUGCUGUCGCGGUUACUGGACUGAAAACCAGCUUCAGCAGCAUCUCGCAUGGCACAACGAGGUACGCCGACGUCUCCCAACCGAACUGCGAUACAGACUGAGUGCUUCCAUGUCACCUGGGCCUUCAGAUAACCUGCAGGAUUUAUCACACAGAUCUGAGUCUAUAGUCAAGCUGCCUGUGGCUCUUGUAAGUCCACAACUCAAUAGCCAUAAAUGUCAGCAGUGCGGAAAAACUUUCUUAUCACCACGUGCUCUGCAGCAGCACCAGACUCUUCACAAAAAUGAGGAGCCGUACCAUUGUUCUUUGUGUUCACAGACCUUUACUGAAAUCAGAAGUCUUAUUGACCACCAUCAGGAGUGCUUGGGUGAUAAAGAGCUGAAAGACAGGUACUCUACUACCUCAGUAAGAGACGCUCUUCACCUGACAUGCAUUGAGUGUGGGAUUUCCUUCAAACAGGAAACGGAACUGCAUCAGCAUUACAUCGAUCAUGCACGUGGGUUCUAAUAUGUGUAAACAUGCAUUUACUUGCAAAUACAUUGUUUACUGCACAUACACUGAUUUAAUGUAGUACUUGAUUCAAGUUUGUUACCUGCUGUGAGUGUUUGUAUACAGUCGAAAAAAACUGUAUGUCUUAAAAGGAAAAUGCCACAAUCAGCUUUUAAAUUCUACAUUUUUGCUGAAAUUGUAGAGAGAAAGAUAUCUGCUAAAUGAAAAACAUGAUCACAGAUGUCCUUUAAACCAAAUAGUGUGUUCUAAAUAUUUGCAUAAUAAUUGCAUAUUUAUAGUAUUCCCUUUAAAAUCCCUUCUGGGAAGUGUGUCAGCGUAUUUAGUUUUUUUUUUUUUUGAUUGCCUGUGCUUCAUUCUGUCAUGUACUUUAAAAGUGCUGUUAAUUUAAACUACAAAUGUGUUAGAUAUUGGUUGUACAUGUUAUUUAAAAAAAGUAGAUUUUUUGGGGGGAAGUAUUACAGCUUGGUCUUGCUGGACGUUAAUUUGUGAUUUGUACAGCAUCUGUUCAUGCCCUUGUCAUUGUUCCUUUAUUGCUAUUGAUGUCAGCAUAGCAUAAUCCACCCUUCUAUAACAUUUAGGUUUUGGUUUUAUGCAAAAAAAAUGUCAUGUUGUUGACAAUUUUUGGGUUUGAGGUUUAAUGUCUCUGACAAAUAUUAUGACUAUCCAGUAAAGGAUUGCCUAGAUAGAAGUUCCCUGUAUAAAUUCCCUCAAGUCAUGUUAAUGGCAUUAAGAAUGUAUGAAUAAGAUGCAAACUGUUCAGUAGAGGCAGGGUUAUUUUUAUACGUGUGACAUGUUGAAUCAUUAAAAUAGCACAUCAUUUGAACUGGAAACCCUCAAAUUGAACAGUUAACAUUCCAUUUUGUCAAGUCUUUGCUGGCUGGUGUUUGUGAAGGUUUAUGGUUUGUUAAUAAACAUUGAUUCAUUUUCUAAAAUUGCGAGAUUACACAGGUAUAAGAUAUACAUAUAAAAUUACACAAUAGGUACAAAAUAUGCAUGCACCUAGAUGGAAGAGAACUGAUAAAGUAAUAAUAAUUGUGGAUUGAAACUUGUAUUGAUGUAUCAUCAAACUUUGGACCUCAAUAAGUUUUUACUUGCACUGAAACAUAAGUUGAACAUGGUCAUUUCAAAUGGUCUCUCCCAAAAUAAUACUGUAUGUGAUAUUUGCUGAUAGAUACAGUGUGCACUGAAUCCCUUAAACCUUAAUGAGUUUUAAGACAGAUGGUGUCUCACUAACUGGCGGUUGUUUCAUGUUGGUAUGAUUGAUUGUAUUUUCCCAAAUCUGCUUCUGUUUGGUUUUCUAAUAAUUAUAGGUUUCCACUUUAAUGUUUGAAAUGCACUGGAUGUAGAUAUUUAAAAUAAGAAAUUAAAUGGUUAAUUUCAAUGAAAUACUGUCUUUAUUGUUUUGCCUUGUAGAUAGGCCUUGUUCAUGUUGCUCAUAGUCUUGUUUAUUCUCCGACACCCACUCCUUCUUUAAAUAGCGGUGGGAAUAAACCAUUUUGGUGGUGCAGUAUUACUGAAUGGUGUGACAUAUUUACCCAUUUGCCCUUGAGAUGGCUUUUCCUUUUCCAGUGACAUCACUUCUAUUUUUUUUCUGAAUGAUUUCACUGGAAAAAAAUACUGAUAAAUAAUAAUGUGAAUAGCUUAUUUUAACAUUGAAUAAGAGCAGUUUUGUGAAACCCUAGUAUGUGUAUUAUGCAGUUUGUGAUAUACUAGUUCUGUUUCUAAAACUACAUUGUGUAUCUUAACCUAACUGAUGCUAAUAAGACGCUUGCUAGAUAUAGGCAACCCUAAAAUAAAGAUAUGUGUGUGUUUCGGCAUCCUUUUUUGUGCUGACUGCUGCAGAACUGUCCGGAGAAAUGUCUUAUGUUGCCAUCCUUGUCGGGGAUGGGUGUCUGGAGACACCUGUUUGGUUUUGCUUCUGGUUGCUGACACCUGCAUGAUCACUUGAUAUGCUUGCAUCCAUACAUGGAAAUUGUCUAAAUAUGUGUUAUAGACCCAAUGAGAUGUUUGCUGACUUAUGCAUUGAUACAAUUAAACAUAUUUAUUGGUGGCUGUAAAAUGUACUGCACAGUGGCCUACAAACUCCACACAAGUAUUAUAUCUGACUUCUGCUGAUGAAACUAAACUAUUUUUCUUCAUGAAUUUUCAUACUUCAUUUUGAUUGCAUCUCACUCCUGGCCUUCAUUCAACACCUGGUCCUUGGACUUUAACUUAAUUCCCUUUACAUUUCACACACUGAUGGUGAGCGACAGUUGUAAUAAGAUAUCAAUAAAUCAUGAAAGUCA